AUGGACUUCUCGGUGAUUGCUAUUGGAGAUGUACAAAAUGUGCUCUCAGCUAUGCAGAAGAACUUGGAGUGCCCAAUAUGCUUGGAUGUGUUAGAAGAGCCAGUUUCAACAAGAUGUGAUCAUGUAUUCUGCAGGUUCUGCAUGCUCAAACUCUUCAGCAAAAAGAAAAAAGCUGUGAUACAGUGUCCUCUGUGUAAGGCUGAAGUUACCAAGAGAAGUCUGAAAGAAAAUUCCAGAUUUAAGCAACUAAUUGAGGGAUUGUUGGAAACUAUCCAUGCGUUUGAGCUUGACACUGGAGUAAAGUACCUACUCACAGAGCAGUGUGACAGAAUAGGUAACGACAGUUCCUUAAGGAAUGAGGACACAUCUUUCUUGAACACAGGAGAAAUGGAUGCAGAGCGGUGUCAGUGCAAUAGUAAAAGCAAAGAGUUUCACUUAAAAGGUAGCUCAGAGAGCAAGUUGGAUAAAAGCAAGGAAACAGAUAUUGCUGUACAAAGUGUGGAAGCUGUGGAAAUCAAAGACAGACUAAAACGAAAAAGGAAGACUGCUCGCGUCCUGCAACCUGAGGAUUUCAUCAAGAAAAAAGAUGAAGAGGCAGCAAAACAAUGCAGGCGUUCCACUAGAACCAUGUGUGCUCUACAGCUAGUGGUGGAUAGAAAUGCUCUUUCCCCUGAUCCAACCGAGCCACAGAUUGAUAGCUAUCCAAGCAGUGAAGAACCAAGGAAAGUUGAUUCUGAGCAAAGGCAAGACAGUGGACAUGAUACACAAAAUGUUCCAGGGGACUUAAUAACUGAAAAGUUGCCAGUGGCUAAAAAUGUUUUGGAUUUGACCAAGGAGGCUGAAGAUAGUGAGUUAGACACACAGUACCUACGAAAUAUAUUUAGGCAUUCAAAACGCCUGUCAUUUAGCCUUUAUCCUGCUCCUAUGAAGGCGUGUUGGUCUGAAACCCCUGAUGGUUUACUGUGCUCUGAUGAUGCUAUUGAAGAGAACACUAGCUUUUCUGAAACUGAUAGGAGAGAAAGAUCUGCCGUGUUUGUAAAAGGAAGUGACAAUGCCCUGGUUAAAGAGCUACGCAGUAGAAAUGUAAGUUCUAAGCCACGAUCUCGAAGAAAAGCACAGAAACUGCGAUCUUCAGAUGAAGAAUCUAGCGAGGAUGAAGAUUUUCCAUGUUUUCAGACAUUACUAUUUGGCAAAUCAUCCCACAUGUCUGAAGAAUCAGUUGAUGGAGCACAAGAGCUGAAGAAACCUUUAAUACAAGUUCAUACAUCCAAACAAGUGAGCAGUGUGAAUGAGAGUAAAGAAACUUUUCAGAGUCAUGUUGGAGGGCUGAAGAGAAGCAAAACUAACUUCAAAGAUGAACGCAAAGAAGAUCCAAACAUGGGAGCAAACCUAGGUGAAGCAUCUGGGUAUGACAGUGAAACGAGUAAUGCAGAAGAUACAUGUGGACCAUUCUCUCAGGGUGAAAUCCUUACUACACAGCAGAAGAAUGCUAUGCAAAAUAACCUAAAAAAACUUCAGCAAGAAAUGGCUGUACUUGAAGCAGUGCUAAAGCAGCAUGGAAGCGCAGAGUCAACCUCGGAAGGGAAUUUUGAAAAUCAUAACCGCAGCAGUUCAAAGGGAUUUUCAGCCAAUGAUUUCUGUGUUAUGUCAAGUGAUUCUCUCAGCAGUAAAAUCAAAGAGUUAGAAAAAGAAAGGCUUCUUAACCCGCAAACUGCAGAAGCAACAAAUAGUUCCAUGGUAGCUCAGAAAUCUAAUAAAAGCUGCACUCAAGAAUGUAAAUCAAAGAGAAGUGUGUGUUUUCCUAUAUCUGUUCUGCGCAAUGCCUCUGGGAAAGAAAAUGCUACAAGUCCAGUUGUGACUAACAGGAAAGAAAUGUCGAUUGUGGCAUCAGGUCUGAAUCAAAGUGAACAUUUGGUGGUCCAGAAGUUUGCAAGAAAAACUCAGAGCGCUUUAUCUAAUCGCAUUACUGAAGGAACAACCCAUGUCAUAAUGAAAACAGAUAAGGAGCUGGUGUGUGAACGGACACUGAAGUACUUUCUGGGUAUUGCAGGAAGAAAAUGGGUAGUUAGUUACCAGUGGGUAAUUCAGUCUUUUAAAGAAGGAAGGAUACUGGAUGAGGAGAACUUUGAAGUUAGAGGAGAUGUAAUCAACGGGAGAAACCACCAAGGACCUAAGAGGGCUAGACAGUCACUGACUGAAAAGAUCUUUAAAGGCUUUGAGAUCUGUUGCUGUGGACCUUUCACUGAUAUGACUACAGAACAUCUAGAAUGGAUGGUGGAGCUUUGUGGUGCCUCUGUUGUGAAGCAACUUCAUCUGUUCACACACAGAACAAGUUCUACUGCUGUCGUGGUUGUGCAGCCAGAUGCUUGGAUGGAAAACACAGAUUAUAGAGCAAUCCAGCUAAAGAAUGAUGUUGCCAUGGUGACUCGAGAGUGGGUAUUAGACAGUGUGGCUUGCUAUGAGCGCCAGGAGUUCGGUGCUUACCUUGUGUCCUAA